AACAACAUGAGCGAAUCUGAACUAUUUCCUGAAGCCACUAAAUUCACAUAUGCCAACACUGAUGGAUACCAGAAAGACAGAAUAUUUGAUCCUUACACGUACAGACACAACUACGAUGAGGACCAGUUAGAGACUCUCUUGUCUAAAUAUGUAACAGAAACUCAUAAUGUUGAGGAAAUAUGAGUUUAUCUCCUUGAUGGAGUUCAUUCGAAUAAAUUUUUGUCCAAGUACGAAGAUGGCCUAGGCUUUUGUGGAGCUAGGAUCCGUACUUUUAGAACCCUACAUGAAAUCAUCUACUUUAAUGUUAAGAAUUAUUUUGAUUUUGAGGCUGAACCAGAGGAUUUCAUGUCAAGGAAAAUGCCUGGGCUUUUAGAUAGCCAAAACGCCCAGAGUCUAAUGAGUCUGAAGCAUAGAGAGAGAAAUCUCACUGCUGUAGAGAGAUGCUUUGGAGAUAAGCAAUUUGCACUCGAUAGGAUUGAAAUCUUAACCCAGGAGUUUCAGUUUAUGGACUUAACCGUACUGACAAGUUUUUACAAGGGCUCUAAAUUGAUAAACGUCUCAGCAACGACGACUGUUCUUAAAUGAUUGGAUGAAUUAUUUUUAAAGAUAGAUGAGGCAUUUGCCACACUUCAGAAAAAGGACACUAGAGAAAACAAUAAAAUUGUAUUUAGUCUGAUAAUGAAGCUUUCCUGAUGCUUUGAUUUUCUUUAUUCAUCCAUGAUCUGUAACCCUAAUAGCAUCUAUUUCUCAAUAGAAGAGGAUUCCUUCCUUGAGGAUGCUCUUGAAUUUGUCGAUGUUGAAGACCCCGAGGAGUACUGGAGACUUGCUGAUGAAGGAUACUUUGAGAUAGGAAAAAUUAUUGGAGUUGCUUCACGAACAUUUAAACACAAAAGUAAAGUUAGACAGUUUAUCUCCUUCAUCGGCUGGAUGCCAUUCUACUUCCUGUUUAAUCGUAAGAAAGGAUCUGCUCAAGGGUUUUUCUUCAUGAACGUUUUAAACAAAAAUGUUUUUAGAAGGAUGAAUGCUAUUUAUGAGAUGAGCACAUACAAGAAAGUUUUGAAACUGGCCAGCCCAAAAAUUGAGAUGGAAGUUAAAAUUUAUAUAACCAUGCCUGAGCAAGAUUGUCUGACUGUUAAAAAGAACUUGAUUAAUAAAUAAAGCACCAUUGAUGGUUAGAAAUAAUAUUGAUGCUCCAUUCGUAGUAGAACAAAGAAAUUAUGAUCCAUCUGAACUUAUAAAAAUACGAAUUAUCUCAACGGACAAAUGGGAUCAUAUUGAUUGGAAAACUGGCGAAUUGGUAGAUCCUGAUUGAGAAAUAAAGCAUUACCCUGUUGGAUUACUAUUUAUUCAUGGAGGAGCUUUUAUAUCUGGAUCGUCAAGCUCAUACCAAAACAUCCUUAAAUAAAUAUGCCCUAGAAACGAGGCAUCCAGUCUUUGCUGUAGAUUAUAGACUUGCUCCAGAUCAUCCUUAUCCUAUUCCUCUAAGCGAUUGAUGGCUUUCAUAUCUUUGGUUAAGGUACUACUCUGAAAAAUAUCUAAAAGUUAAAUUCGAUAAAAUAAUCCUUGUAGGAGAUUCAGCGGGAGGCUGAAUUUCCCUUUCUAUUUGUACUCUUGCUAUCAGAAAGCAAGUUGCCAAACCAGAUGGAAUGGUGCUAGCCUAUCCAGGAACUUGUUUAGAUAGGAGAUACUUCACACCAUCCUGAAUGAUGUCUUUGGAUGAACCAUACCUUAACGCAUUCCUAAUAGACUUGUGAUUAAAGAGCUAUGUUGAAGAUUAUAGUAUUUCCGGGCAUUAUUUAUGAUCUCCUUUAUUCACUCCAAAGAAAUACCUAAAAGAAAUGCCUCCGACUAGAGUUGGAAUCGCAGGUAUAGAUCCCCUGCGAGAUGCAGGUAUUGAACUAAUCAGAAAUUUUGUAAAAGCUGGUGUUAACUGAACAGGAAAAGUCUACAAGCAGCUCUUCCAUGGCUAUCUUGAAAUGGACUCCUAUCCAUUCUACAUGAAAGACUGUGAGAAGGCUUUCAUGGACACAGUGGAAUUUAUUGAAGAAAUUAUCAGUGUUUGGUAAAAUAAAACCCCUCUUUGUUUCAAUAUUUA